GUUGUGAGUGUGUGUAUGAGGAUUUGGUGUUGUUUUUGCUUCGGUGAAGAAGAAGAAUAUAAUAACAAGGGUUACAAGAAGAGUAUGAGGGACCCGAUUUUGGGAAAUAACGGCGAGGAAUCGCCGGAUGAAACCCCGGCAUUUGACUGAAGGGCGGUUUUUGACGGCGUUGAUGUUGCCGGCGCCGGCGCGUCGAGGCCACGCGCGGAUAAUGUUGGUGUCCGGAGGAAUGAGGAGAUUGAUUUUGAUAUCAACUGGUUACUCAGUGACGUGGAGGCGAGGAAUGGGAAUUACAGUGGUGAGAGAAUGUUGAAUGUUAAUUUAAAUUUAGGGUUGAGUGAAGAGGCUUCUUCGCCCUCAAUAGUGCUGAAAGAGGAUCCUGAUUGUGAUUCCUGUAGUAAAAGGCCCAAAGUUAACUCCUUUUCGCUGGAUUGGGACAACCACUUGUUGCAGGAGACGAGUUACCUUUGUCCUAUGAACGAGGGUGGUGGAGAUGUGAGUUUGUCCAACUUUCUUGAUGCUACAGAUGAUAAGGGGAAAGAUAUUGGCAUCUCAAAAAUGGAGGAUUUAGAUGUGCGGAUGGAUCUUACUGAUGACUUGUUGCAUGUGGUAUUUACUAGUAUAUAUAUAUAUAUAUAUUAAAGGAAUAAAGUUUGCAGUGUGGUUAAGCCAAGUGACUAGCUAUUAAGAAGUCUUUUGGCAAAUUUAGAAUGAAGAAAUGAUUAAUUAAUGAAAGCAAAAUGAAAAUAAAUUAAUUCAAAAUUUGAUUUAUA